AUGUCGGGGGUUCUGAGCACGACGUUGCGAAGGCUGAAUAGCGACUCGUACUGCGAAAUCAGCCGUUACCGCGACCAGCGCUUUCAGGGCAGCCAUUCCGAGCAGAAGAAGGUUCUGAAGCACGCUACCACACUUUAUGUAGGCAAUCUGUCCUUCUAUACCACAGAGGAGCAAAUCCAUGAGCUCUUUUCCAAGUGUGGGGAUGUCAAGCGCAUCAUCAUGGGGCUUGACAGGGUGAAGAAAACCCCAUGUGGCUUCUGCUUUGUGGAAUACUACACUAGAGUAGAUGCUGAGCAUUCUAUGCGGUUCAUCAAUGGAACUCGGCUGGAUGACCGCAUCAUCCGAACAGACUGGGAUACCGGGUACAAGGAAGGACGGCAGUUUGGCCGUGGGAAGACAGGAGGCCAGGUGCGAGAUGAAUACCGGACAGAAUACGAUGUUGGAAGAGGUGGCUUUGGCAAGAUGGUUCAGAUGCAAAAGACAAAUCAACAGACAGUGAUCUACUAGCAACUUCUUGGAUUGAGGGCAGGAGUGGGAGAAGAGGAAGACAGGAUUCUUCCAGGACUGUUGGGUGUGUGUAGUUCAUGAUGGCAGA